GACAACGCCGGUGCGGGCCACGUCCGUCGCGCCACGUCUCUGCUCUGCUGCUACAGUGGUUGCGCUGCAGGCAAAAAACGCCGCGCGGUCUCUGUCGAUGCCGACUGACUCGCUCUCUAUACUCAUCCCAGAAGAAGAAAAUUCACCGAAGCUCUUCAGUAAAUCAUUGCAAGCCGUCGACCGAGAGCCAUGAGGACGUUGGCGCCGCUGUUGCUGGUGCUGCUCUGCGCUUGCUUGGCCAGGUGCAGCCUGAUCGACCCAAACCUCAACAUCAAGAACGCCGACCGCACCAUUGAUCUGCACUCCCAGAUCACCAAAAUCACCAAUAAGAUCGUCCUCGAGAACACCGGCAAGAGCUCAGUUCGCAGUUUCCUCUUCGCCCUCGAUGCCAAGCAAAAGGAUCAGCUGAGCCACAUAUCCGCACUGCUGCGCGAGCAUGGCCGGCCUCAGCUCAAAAUUAAGCUAGUGUCUGCUGCCGAGCUCACCAAGGUCCACCCAGACAAGCUCUUCUACUCGGUGGAGCUUAGGGACCCACUGCAGCCUGAGCGCUCUGUCCCUGUCGAAGUUGAGGUGUUGCUCACCCACGAAUUGGUGCCUCAUCCUAAGGAGAUCCUGCAAAAGGAAAAGCAGCUCGUCAAGUACACUGGUAAUCUGUACCUCUACACUCCUUACUCUGUGAACAAGCAGACCACAACUGUCAUGCUGCCUUCGAGGAAUAUUGAGAGCUACUCUAAAAUCAAGCCUGUGACCCACACCGACUCUACCAUCACCUAUGGACCCUAUGAGAAGAAGAGUCCGUUUUCCUAUGAAGAACUCAAUGUCCAUUUUGAGAACAAUAACAAGUUCUUGACUGUCACGAGAUUAGAAAGGGCCAUUGAAGUUUCCCACUGGGGCAACAUCGCCAUUGAGGAAACCAUUGAUCUGCUGCAUACUGGAGCUCUGCUCAAAGGUUCAUUCUCACGAUACGAAUACGCAAGAGAAUCCAAAUCAGGACAACCAAGCAUUCAAAGCUUUGAUACUGUAUUGCCAGCAGCUGCUUCUGACAUCUAUUACCGGGACGAAAUUGGUAAUAUUUCGACAUCUCACACCAGAGUUAAGAAAGAUUCAGUCGAAGUAAAUCUAAGACCACGAUUCCCUUUGUUUGGUGGUUGGAAAACCCGUUACACUAUUGGAUACAAUGUUCCAAGUUAUGAAUACCUCUACAACUCUGGUGAUGAAUAUAUUUUGAAUAUGAGACUGAUAGACCACAUUUAUGAUGACAUGGUUAUUGAUGAAAUGGUUGUCAAGAUUAUUCUACCUGAAGGAUGUCAUAGUAUCAAAUUGGAACUUCCAUAUGAAGCUUCUCGUUUGCCUGAUUCUCUUCACUACACUUACUUGGAUACUACUGGCCGUACAGUAAUAUCCGUUACUAAGAAGAACUUGGUGGAGAAUCACAUUCAAAACUUCAGACUGAAAUACACAUUCCCAAAGUUGCUUAUGUUACAAGAGCCUCUUUUGGUUGCUGUGGCACUUUACCUUCUGUUCCUACUUGUAAUAGUUUAUGUACGAUUAGAUUUUUCUAUUGAUAAAGAUGAAGCAUCAGAAAGCAAGCUGCGUGUUGCUGGGCAAUGUGAAAAAAUCUUGGCUGCACAAGAUCGCAGAGUUACAUCUUACAAUGAAUUAGAUGAUCAACUAAAUUACUUAAAAACAAACAAGGAUGUUAAUGCUUACUUAUCUGUAGUCAAAGGGAUCACUCAAGAGUACAAGAAUGCAACAGCAGCAAUUGCAGAAUUAGCUCAAAAACUGAAAGGGGAAUCCGGUGAUGUUUAUGAUCGAGUACAAGAACUUCAAAAACAUGAUAGAAAUCUUAAAGAUCUUUACAAUCAACAACAGUCAAUGUAUGUUGACAAGUUAGUGCCUGGAAAAAUUGGUAGACAACAGUUUGUUGAAGCUGAAUCAGCUAUUGCUAAAAAGAAAGAAGAAUGCGUGGAGCGAAUAAAUAACAUAGUCAAGUCAUUACAAUAAAAGGACUUUUAUAUUUAAUGUCUUACUCAAAAAGACGUGAUAAAAGUUAACAUAGAACUGUUUUUAAAUUGAAAAAAACUCACGUUUGAAGUCAUGUUUUCAGCGAUAAGUCACAUUGUUACAUUUCAUUUGAGUGCUAGCAUUUAUGUGUUAUGAGCUUUAUAAGAUAUUCUUAUAACUUUGUAAUAAAAACAAUUAUAAAAUAAGAAUUUGUGUAUGUGAAGUUGAAAGUUUAUAUAAUUACAUAAUGCUUUUUUAAUUCAUAGAUAUAAAAAAAAAACAAUUUUUCGGACAUUUUUUAUUUUUAUCAUAAAAUUGUUCAUUAAUUACUAUUUAAAAAUAAAAAAUAAUAGAGAAAUCUAUUAAAAUACAAAGGCAUUUGGCAGAUUAUCACAAAAUUUGAUGUACUAAAUCUCCAAAUAAAUUGAAAACAGUACAUUCUUGUGUACAUUAUUGUAAUUAAAAUUACAAUAAGCAAACAAUAUAGGCAAUCUAACAUUAUUACAUAUGUCUGGCCCUUUUGGAAACUAAUGACGAUCUUUUUACGAAUUUUCGAAUUUUACGCUUCUUGUGCACAUUGUUUUUUCUCGUCAAUUUUCUAAACGUCUUGAUGAGGUUUGGAAAAAGAUCACUUUUUUUAAUAAAAGUUGCGUAAUAUGCCUUCCAAAAAAUAUGUCGAAUUUCUUUGCUGUAUUCCAACUGUUCAGUUUUAGCUAUAAAAAAAUUUGAAUAUUUUACAAAUGUAUCAUUGUAUAGUUAAAGUUUACAUCAGUGUACAUGGGCUUGAAAAAUGCCUGAAAGUGAUAAGUUCACGUCGUCAUGACAUCACAGACCGUAAUGUCGUAUUUAAAGGCUAGCUACUAUAAUAAAAAUUAAAUUUAGUUAUUUAAAAA